CCUUUUCUUCUUCCUCCGUCGGGCCUUGGGCUGCGUCCGGAUCCCGGCGAGGAGGAGCGCAGCCGGUGCCCGAGGAGGGUCGCGCUCGCCCGGAUAGGCUGUGCCGGAGGGGCCAGACGGUCUGGCCAGGAAGAGUUGCACCCCGGCUCGGAUCCCGCGCGACCCUCAGGGCUGGGCUGACCUUUUCUGAAUCCAAGCAUCUCUUCCGGAUUGUAAUUUGUGUGGUAUUCUUUUUGAUAGCCGAUAUGGACCUAAAGGACCCUGCAACUCUUGCGUCCAUCUCAAACAGCAUAAUACGGUCUCCUGUGCCACUCCCAGUGAAGAAGUUGUAUCGGGGUGAACCGAUGGCCCUGGGGAUCACGCAGAUUUUGAUCGGCACCCUGGAAAUAUCUUUUGGGCUUGUGGUAGCCAUAGCAGAAAAUGCGACUAGAUUCUAUAGCAGUGCGACACAUGUUGGUACUCCAUAUUGGCUGGGAAUCCUGUACAUCAUUUCUGGAUCCCUUUCUGUGGCGGCUGCCAAAAACCCCAAAGUGCCACUGGUGAAAGGAAUGCUAGCAAUGAAUGUUUUGAGUUCCGUGGCAUCUGGUGCUGCAGUUGUGAUGCGCAGCCUUGUAAUAUCGCACUCACGUUACUCCAGUAGAUGCACAUAUGUCACCGAGAUACCACCUGAUAUUUGCUAUGAAUAUGUCACCAUCCCUUAUACUGUCACGUAUGCAAUAUCUGCUUUCCUGAUGAUUGGCACUGUCCUGGAGUUCCUCAUCACCAUCACCACUGCUGCCUUUGGGUGUGCCAGCGUGUGCAGGGAUGCCUACAGUGAAACGACUAUAGUGAUUUUCCGGCAGACUGAUGAGGGGAUCAUUCCUGCUUCAGCUCUUCCGAGGCAAUCGAACGAGGAGGUGCCGGCCUGAGGGGGUUUCCCUCUUUUAUCAUUUCCUCAGCAGAGUCUUCUGCAAGCGGCUUGAUUGUGAUUUUUUUUCCCUUUUGGGACAUAUUUUUUUAUAAACCAUCACUUGGACUGUUUUUGUUAAAUAAAAAGCACAUUCUCUUCUUUGAUGUCA